CAGCGUGGCCUUUUAGUCACAAAUGCACUAUGUGUAAUAUACAUUCUUACGUUGACAAGUAUGCUAAAUUAGCAUCAACUUAACAGAUAUUAGAUCUCAAUCGCUCUGAACAAGUGUUUAAAAAAUAGGUUGCGACUCUUAUUUUGUACGUAUACCGGAUUUCUUUUUGUCUUCUCCUGUUUGUCGUUGGAAAUGUCCGGCUAAGGUGACAAAUAAAGUUCCGUGUUUUCUGUAAUACACAACGCUUAUGUCGCUUGGCGAGCCAGUUUCCUGCCAAAUUGUGAGAAGGCUAUGUUGAAGACGAUGAAGCUGAAGAAAGUUAUCCACAACAUUGUUUCCGUUUUUUUUGUGUCAGAACAAAGGUCGACUCCGACCAACAUAAUUACCACAUUUAUUGCUGUUUGCAAUGGUACUGAACACGUUUGUGGGAGAACAUAUAUUACUUCAUUGAAUGAUGGGGAAAAAGAGGCAGAUUAUGACCUCUUUUUGUCCAAAUUUGACCAUUUCAGCACUGGGUGUUAAAGAAGACCACAGCACAGACUCGUUCUCAAUAUACUGAAAAAUAUAUUUGUAUACUUAAAAUUUGCAAAACCUGACUGAAACCAGACACAUCCUGUAAUUAGGAACUGUUUUUCAAGAAAUGGAAAGAGAUAUUUGAAAAACACAGUUAAUACGUUUUUGUUUGUUUUUUUAAAAUACACUAUAUACCCAAUAUCUUUUGUUUUAAUUAACUGGUGUCUUUUUUUGGGAGAGAAAUAACUUCUGUAAGAUUUAAAGAAAUAACGAUUAUUUUGAAAAAGGAAGUGGAUCUUUUAUUCUGAAGGAUUAGAACCGGAAGUAUUUCUAUAGUCUCUGCUGCAGCCAGGGAAGUCAAACCCUGCACAGUCGUGUUACAUGAAUGAGCACCGAGUUAUGUUACCCAGUAAUAACAUAUUUUAAUGCGCUUAGAUGUUGGGGUUAGUUGUGGAAAAUGCUGGAGCGUCACCUUCGACCACAACUAUAUCUAUAACAUCAAACAACAAUGCAGAUUAGCGUCAGAGUUUGUUGCUACCGUUUCAGCCAGGUUUGCUCCUGACUGAGGUGGACCAUCAUGGACAACAAACACACCACCGAUGAAUGAACCUAACGCCGCUCACGCUUUUAAUAGCAUGGCAAAGGCACGGAAGUCCUGCAAAUGAUUUUUUUUUUUAAAGAAUGAAAUCAGAGAAGCCUAAAUCGAGGUUGUAAUCGACUCUCAUUGCUCUGCUACUACACUAAUGGGGACCUAAGACCAAUCGCUGGAUUUCUUUAUUGAAGCUGGACAGUGAAUAUAAGCUGCCAUGCGAAUCACUUUCUGCCAGGGCCUUUUAUCUGGCGCCAUCGUCCUCAACCUCCUCAUUCUCUAUUACGUGUCCCGGGCCCAGCAGCAAAUGAUGGAGAAGAGGAAGGAACUUGGUAGGGGUACAAGGAGGGCUGUGCUACCUGCCUCUGGUGUCAUGGGAGGCCUCGGGCUACUUGCAGGAGCUGGGGCUGAACCUGGGGGGGUGGGAGUGGACGGACCCAACCGUGGCCCACGUGUGACCGUUCUUCUCAGGGAGUUUGAAAAUUUUGAAAAUUACGUUGGAGACGUGGCUAAUUCCUUCCUUCGUCAGAGACCGGAGAUUCCCUUCCUUGCUGUGGCUGACACAUCUCCGUACCCUCCUCUGGUGCUUUCAGAGGGGGCUCGACUUCUUGUACUUUCCCCCAGCCCAGACCAGCCUCCACAGGCCCACAGGCCGGAGUUCCACAUCCAGACAGAGUUUGUUCUGCUGGUGCCCGAUGGGGUGGAACUCGAGCAACCUCGGGCUAUUGAGAGGCUGAUCAGGGAGCUGGAAGGGGAGGGUGGAGGGCCUGUGAGGCUGGUAGCUGCACCAGUCCUGACUCGGUCAGCUGUGCAGUGUCUCCACCUGAGGGUGAACCUCAGAGAGUGGACAGCUACCUACUCGCCAGCUGCGUCAGGGAGCAGUGGGAGUGUGUGUACAGCUUUACAAGGAGAUGCAGUUGUCCUAAUUCGCGCUGAGGAUCUCUUUAACCUCUCUGUCCCUUUGGCCCGGCCCCUCUUUUCAUCACUCUUUAUUCAGACUGCCUUGAGAGGCUGGAAGGUCAAGCUGCUGGAGAGCCCGUGUUUUUCUGCAAACCACCGUCCCCUUUUCAGCUCCGCUCACAACCAGUGGAAGGCUGACACUCGACUCAAGGAGGCCACUGGGAAGCUCAUGAGGAGCUUUGGCCUGAAACGUCUCCUGCUGUCUGAUGGAAAGGAACAGUGGUAUGGCUGCAGCAAAGAGACGCCUCGUUGCUUUGGCACCGUGCAGGAUGACACUCCAGAAUACCUUUACCUGGAUCGCUGGACACCUCCCUGCUGCCUGCGAGCACUCAGGGAAACCACCAAGUACGUCAUCAAUAUCCUUGAGAGCUCAGGUGUGCGCUACUGGCUCGAGGGUGGGACUCUGCUUGGUGCUGUCCGCCAUCAAGACAUCAUCCCUUGGGAUUAUGAUGUAGAUCUGGGCAUCUAUCUGGAGGAUAUACCCAACUGCGAUCACCUGAAGAACGUGGACUCAGGCUCUCUCGUGGAUGCUAACGGCUACGUCUGGGAGCGUGCUGUGGAAGGAGACUUCUACAGAGUGCAAUACAGUGAGGCUAACCACCUACAUGUUGACCUGUGGCCGUUCUAUCCACGUAAUGGUGUCAUGACAAAGGACACAUGGACAGAGCACAAACAAGAUGUGGAGUUCCCUGAGCACUUCCUGCAGCCACUGGUACCGAUGACCUUUGCUGGCAUCACUGCCUACGGUCCCAACAACCCCCGAGCUUUCUUAGAGCUCAAGUUUGGAGAGGGGGUGAUUGAGAAUCCCCAGUACCCCAACCCUUUAAAAAAGAGGCUGGACAGAAGCAAAUUAUGAGAUUCACUAGUCUCUGCACAUUGUUGUGUUAACACAAGAAACUCACCUGGAAGGAAGAAACCUGUAAAACUGGAACAUUUCUGGAUCACCAGAAAUCACAACUGGUCAGUUGUAUGAAAUUGUGACAUUACACAGACUUUACAUGAGUGCAACAACAUCAGACAUACCUCAGACAGAGACUAUGUGGCAUACCAAAUCUGUGUAUGGCAUACUUUAAUUUAUAAAUAUGACUGCUACAGCUGCAACUAACGAUUAUUUUCAUAUUUGAUUAAUCUCUUGUUUUUUUUUUGUUUUGUAUUUUUUUCAAUUCAUUGAUUGAAUUGUUUGCGUUUCCCAAACUUUAAAAUGAUGAUGUUCCCAAAUGUCUUGUUUUGGCCAUAAUCCAAAGUGAAUUCAGUUUUAAUGAUUUCUUUGUUAUGUGGAGCAAAGAAACAUUUUCCCAUACGAAAAAAAUUGUCUAAAAACCCCCCACUAAAACCGAUCGAUUAUCAAAAACAGUUGAUCAUUCAUUUAUGAAUGAAUUAAUAAUCAAUAAUUGCUGCAGAUGACGACUCUAAAGACAAUACUAUUAAUAGACAUGGUCUUAAGCAGGAUUUAAAGUAUGUAUUUAAGGUAUAUUGUACACCAUUGUCUGUGAAUGUAAACUGUUACAAUUAUUGACUGUGCUGCAUUGUUUUGCACUGUUUUUGUUUGUUUUUUUUCAUUUUCAGCUUUGUACUGUCAUUGAAUGACUGGUGCAUAUGUAGAUGCUGUUUGGUACCUGACAUCUAUAAUGCAAUGAGUAACUUACAGUGUGGUGAAAUUAGACCUGUCAGUGAGGUGAGGAUGACAUGUUGCUCCA